AUGUCCUCAAAAGACAAGAUUAUUUACCGAUGUAUGGCAUGUUCCUUUGUCACUGAAAAUAAGCUGCGCAUGAUUCUGCAACAGGAGCUAUCGUCGAUAUUGACAACAAAAAUAAAACAGCUUGUUACGUCAGAGUUAAAUAUUCUCAAUGACAGGGUAGCUGGAUUUCAGGAUUCACUCACCUUCCUAAAUAAUCAAUUUGAAGAAAUGAAGUCAUCUCUGGAGGAAAAAAACGCUGUUAUAGACAGUCUAAAGAAGGACAAUGAGCGUUUAAAGGUUUCGGUUGCUGAACUCAGCCACAGAUUAGGGUCAAUCGAGCAACACUGCCGAGAGAAUAAUUUAUUGAUUAAUGGUUUACCAGAAAAUAGAUCUGAAAAUCUGAUUAAUACUGUUCUUCAGAUUGCCAAAACUGUCGACUGCCCGGUUACCAGUGACGAUAUUCAUCAUGUGACUAGAAUAGCCAAGUCCACAGAUGUUAGUAACAGGUCCCGUUCAGUGGUUGUCAAGCUACGAAGUCCUAGAAUUAGAGACGUAGUACUAGCAGCGGUUAGUAAGUUUAACAAAAAACAUCAACAGGAUAAACUGAACUCUCAUCAUAUUGAAAUCGGUGGCAAUAAAAAGCCGAUAUAUAUAACGGAGCACCUAACGGCGACAAAUAAUGCCCUUUUCGCAACUGCCCGCCAAAAAGCUAAAGAAGCCCAAUACAAAUUUGUUUCGGUUCGAAAUGGGCGAAUUUUCGUAAGGAAAAAUGAAAACUGCCAAGCCUUACUUAUUCAGAAUAGAGACACUUUAAAUAGUUUAACUUAA